AUGGCUCCUCGCAACGAGGUCGAACGCUCCCACGUCUACCACGAUGCCGUGGCUGAUGCCAACAAGACUGGCGUUCAAGUCGUCGAUGUUGUCGCGACCCGCAUUACCGAGGACCACUUGAAUGACAAGUCUCGCGAGGCUUUCACCUGGCGGUCCAAGGCUGGGUUCCGCAUGGUGCUCAUCCUUCUCGUCAUGGGAAUGAACCAGGCUGGCUAUGGUAUCGACUGGGGUGUCAUCAGCAGUAUCAACUCCAACGACAUGUGGCACGAGUACUACGGAUUCGGCAACUCGGGCCACAUCAUCGGCGUCAUCAACGCUCUCAUGACGAUCGGAGCCACCGUCGGUGCCCCGUUCCUCUCCUUUGCCGACAAGUGGGGUCGCCGCUCCGUCAACUUUGCCGGCUGUGCCCUCACAGUCAUAGCUGCCAUCAUCCAGGCUAUGGCGCCCAACACGGGUGUCCUGAUCUUUGGCCGUUUUGUCCUUGGUUUCGGCACGGCACUUUGCACAUCGAGUCAGUACAUCGCCGAAGUCGCGCCCCCUCACAUGCGUGGUCGCAUUGUCGGUGUUUUUGGUGCCUGCUUCCAGGUCGGCUCCAUGGCCAUCAUCGGCAUCAUGGCCGCCAUCUCCGACUGGCACAGCAACUGGCAGUGGCGAACGGCCUUUUUCAUCCAGGCUCUGUUCCCCGCCUUUGUGUGCUGCACCAUCUUCUUCCUCUGCCCCGAGUCUCCGCGUUUCCUGGUGAUGAGUGGACAGAAGGAGAAGGCGAGGAAGGUCAUUGCUGAUCACAUGACGACUUCGGGCGAUCCCAACUCGUCCUUUGUCGAUCUCAUGAUGUAUCAGAUGGACGAGUCGAUUGAGACAUCGGCCGUCGGCUUCCGCGCCGUCUGGGACUUCCGCGUCUUCUUCACCAGGGGCGCCGGGUACCGUACCUUUAUUCUGCUUGUGUACUCCAUCUUCCAGUCCUGGAACGGCGGCGGCAUCAUCGGCCUCUACCUUUCGCCCGCCCUUGACACGAUCAAGAUCAACACCCAGCAGACGCAGCUCCUCAUCAACCUCGGCAUGGUGGCCACGUACUUUGUCUUCACCCUUUUUGGUGCCUACAUUAUCGACAUUUUCCGUCGACGAACCCUUAUCUUCGCCGGCCUCAUCAGCAUCGUCAUCGCCCAGACGUGCGUCACCAUUACGAGCUGGCAAUUUGAGGAGCAGGACCACCCCCGCCACCUCGCGUACCUCGUGCUGUUCUGGAUGUUCAGCUUCCAGGUCUGCAGCGCGUCCUUCAUCGCCACCAUGCACAACCUGUACCCGGUCGAGCUCCUCUCGCUGCCGCUGCGUGCCAAGGGCAUGGGUCUCUAUGUCCUCUUCCAGAACUGCGCCAGCACGGUCCACAACUACGGCAUCGCCGUCGGCAUCGACAAGCUCAAGUACAAGAUCUGGGCCGUCUACAUUGUCUACAACACGCUGCAGAUCAUCGCCGCCUACUUUUGGUUCCCCGAGACGUCCAAGCUCAACCUCGAGGAGAUUGACCACAUCUUUGAGACGCCCGGCGCCAACCCCGUCAAGCUGUCGGUCAAGAUUGCCGACGCCAAGCACGCGCAGUACAAGCUCGACAGGCAGGCCAAGCAGUCGGUUGCGUACUCUUCGGGUGUCCAGGUUUAG